AUUAUGAGAUUCAGAACUGAUAUUGAGAGUUGAACUGUAUACACGGUAACAAACUGAGCAUUUUGCACAAUGCACAACUUGUGAUGUUCCAGAAGAACAAGGUGUUCAUGAACCAAAGUUUUACUAGUCGAUCGGUAGUUAUGCAACCACUGAAGGUGUACGAAUGUUUAAAAAAAACGCGAGUCACGAAGGGGGCGGUCCGCGCUGUCACCUCUUACACUGCUCGAAGCGCCAAGCAGAUUAGUACUGCUUCUUCGUGUUAAUUCUGGUACUUUUUAAAAAGUUAAUCACAUUCAGACCACGUUUUCGUUCGAGAUUUGAUUAUUAUGUAUUUCAGGUCGAUUUCCCUUGUCGCUUUCCUCUUCGUGGUAACAGGUAAACUGAAUGGAUUUGAGGUUUCGGUCAAAACAAACCCCCCAGCAGUGGAAUUUGGACACUCUCUGGAGGUGAUCUGCAGUACAACAUGUAACAACUCAAUGAUCGUUGUGGAAUAUAAACCAGGGAUAAAUCCCAACAACACUCGUGGUGAUAAGUGGAUUACAGACCGAUUUCCGAGUGUCCAGCAAUGGGAUUUCUCAGCACCCUGUACUGUAAUCUGUCGAUCUGAUAACACUACAAUGAAGGAAGUCAAACAGGUGGUCCCAGUGUACAAUCGAAACUUAAGCAUUGUUCAACCUCCUGAAGUGCUGGAAGUUAACAAACCAUAUCAACUGGAGUGCACUGGCCCGAAGGUCUAUCCACAGAACAGACUCGUACUCACCUGGCUCAGAGGGAGUGAGACUGUUCAACGUAGUUCCACAGAGGACCCAGGUCUCCCGGAAGAUGGUCCAUUGAAGAAUGUCAUUAGUGUCACUCCAAGAAUUUCAGGCAAUGGACUGGUGUACACCUGCUUGGCAGAGUUGAACUUGGACUCUAACUCCACCAAACAAAUCGCAAGCUCAUCUGUAACUCUGCAAGUGCACUAUAAACCUCAAAAUACAAUCAUAUCAGUGAAUAAUAAAACCACAUCCGAGUUUCUAAUAUUCCUGAGAAAAGGUGAUGAAGCCGUAAUGACCUGCAGUUCAAAUGGAAACCCCGCAGUCACGAUACAGUGGAAAUACCCCCAUCAGGGCAGCAAGUUUGGGUCUCAUUCUUCCGGGGUUCUCCGCAUUUCCGAAAUAACAUCAAAACAUGGAGGAGUUUACACAUGUACAGCUACAAAUCAAGUUGGAAAUGAUAGUAGGACAGUGAUUAUCAGCAUCAAGGGUGUCAAAGGUGAAGAAUGGAAGACGGUGCUGAUUAUUACAGAAGUUGCAUUUUUUCUCAUUGUUAUAGUGACUGUUGUCUGCUGCUGCUUGUUUUGUGAGGUCUCAAGAAGUGGAAGCUAUGAAGUUCAGGAAAGUCUAUCAGACUUUAAUUAAAUACAAGAUGAGGAAAAGAAAUCCCUUUGUAUGAAUUCAGUGAAUAAACUCCAGAGAUGACAGCUAUUCCAAACAAGUUUAGUGAAUAUCAAGAUUCAAGGCUCAAGACUGUUUAUUAUCAUUCUUCAGUACUCGAGUGCAAAGGAGAACAAAUUGAUUGUUACACCAGACCCGAUGCAGCAUAAAAAAGCAUAAUGAACACAAAACGCAUAAAGAGCACGCAAAAGCACAAUAAUUAUAAAUACGACUUGCCAUCUCUCUUGCUAUUGCAAGACCCUGUUGGACAUUGAUAACGUAAGACAGCAGGCCUAUUUCCCUUGUCAAAAUAACUUUUAUUACCAAAGUACACAUAUGUCACUACAUACAACCCUGAGAUUCAUUUUCCUGCAGGCAUACUCAGUAAAUCUAUAGAUUAGUAAUUAUAACAGGGUCAAUGAAAUAUCAACUAGAGUGCAGAAGACGACAAACUGUGCAAAUCCAAACAUAAAUAAACAGAAAUAAAUAAUGAAACAUGAGAUAAUGAGAUAAAGAGCCCUUGGAGUGAAAUCAUUGGUUGUAGGAACUUUUCUAAGAUGGGGCAAGAAAGUGGAGUUAUCCCCUUUUAUUCAAGAGCUUGAUGCCUGAGGGGUAGUAGCUGUUCUUGAACCUGGUGGUGUGAGUCCUGAGGCUCCUGUACCCUUGACCUGAUGGCAGCAGCAAGAAAAGAGCAUGGCCUGGGUGGUGGAGACCUCUGAUGAUGGAUGCUGCUUUCGUGCAACAGUGUUUCAGGCAGAUGUGCUCAAUGGUUGGGAGGGCUUUACGUGUGACAUACUGAACCAAAUCUACUGCCUUUUGUAUGAUUUUCCAUUCAAAGACAUUAAUAUUUCCAUACCAGGCCAUGAUGCAGCCAGUCAGUACAUUCUCCACUGCACAUCUAUAGUAGUUUGUCAAAUGCUUUGUCAAAUUAACGAGCGGUUGUACAGGUGUGUCUAACAGAGUGGCCACUGAGUGUACGGGUCUCAAUAUCAUUUGCUGUUUAUUGAUGGUUGGUCCCAGUGCUGAAAUGUUCAAAUGAAUUGCACCAGUAUCACUGACAAAAUGUGCUGAUGUUCUGAGAAUUCUAUUCCCAUUUGCGGGAAAAGGUUACAGGAACAUUUCUUCCAAUUAAAUAAAAUAAUAAGGAAAAGAUAUGGUCAUUGAUAAGCAGCAGUGGGGCUCCAGUUCUUCACUUGGAGUAUUGCCAAUAGUUUCAGGUCCCUUAUCUAGGAAAGGAUGUGCUGACACUGGAGGUGGUUCAAAGGAGGUUCACAAAAAUGAUUCUGGUCUGGAAAGGCUUGUCAUAUGAGGAGCAUUUGAUGGAUCUGGGCUUCUACUCUCUGGAAUUCAGAAGUAUGAGGAGGUGACCUCAUUGAAACCUAUCAAAUAGUGAAAGGCCUUGAUAGAUUGGAGGUGGAAAGGAUAUUCCUAAUGUGAGUCUAAGACCAGAGGACACUGCCUCAGAAUAGAGGAGGGUCCUUUUAGAACGGAGGAGAGAAGGAAUUUGCUUAGCCAGAGAGUGGUGAAUCUGUGGAAUUCAUUGCCACAGGCAGCUGUGAAGGCCAAGUCAUUGGGUAUAUUUAAGGUGAAGGUUGAAAGAUUCUUGUUUGGUCGGGGCAUGUAGCGUUAUGGGGUGAAGACAGGAGAUUGAGUCUGAGAGGGAAAAUGGAUCAGCUAUGAGGAAAUGGCAAAGCAGACUCAAUGGGCCAAAUGACCUAAAUUUAUUCCUAUAUCUUAAGGCCUUAUGAUCUUAUACAUUCCUAUAACUUAUAACUUGGCUCAGCCAAAUUUACUUUCCAAUACUAAUUGCUUGAAAUGAAUGGCUUGCUGUGUCAUUUCCAAAGGCUAUUAAACAUCACAGUGCUGCUCGAUUUAAUAGUUUUGUGCAAGUAAACAGAUUAAUAUUUUGAUUUUGUUUUUUCUCUCAAAACAUUACCAGAUUAUAUUGUGUUUUAAUGUUAGAGAUAAAUCAAUGGAAAUAUUAAAAAUAAUUUCUCAAAAUGUCACCUUCAAAAUAAUGUCAAAUAUAAAUUUAACAAUUUUAGCUUCUUGUUUUUGGCUUACCAACACAUCACUGUAUACUCAGAUCUGUCAGUUAUAAUGGCAAAGAGGACAUUGGGUUACUGAAUUUGUCCAGUGGGCCUGAGAACAAAGCAAGACCUGAGGUUUGAUUGAUGUAAGGGCUGGGCCGAAUUGGAAAGGUCGGGCGUGGGCUGAAUCAAGGCAACAGGGCCCAGGCCUAAGGACAUAUCGAAGCAACCAAGCCCGAGUCCGAGAGUGAGGAAUGUCCUGAGAUUAGGACAAUUUAAAGUGCCGGACCAGAUUGAAAAGGUCAGUGUGUCGAGGCCGGAGGUGAGGGACAGACCAGUCCAGCUCAAUGCUCAUGAGGUUCACUCUUAUCUGCACUGAACUGAGGCUACAGCCUGCAACUAACGGGCUCCUGAAUUGGCUGCAGUGAUGACUGGCUUCGUGAUUAUGGACUCACUUUCGUGAGGUUUAGUUGUUUACUUGAUUUUGUAGUUUGCACCAUUUGUUUUUAUUUUCUGCACAGUGGGUGUUUGGUGGUCCUUUUCUAAAUAAUUCGAUUGGGUUUCUUUGUUUUGUGACAGUCUGUAAGGAGACAGAUCUCAAGGUUGUAUAAAGUAAACAUACUUAGAUAAUAAAUGCACAUUGAACUUUGAGACGUUUUUCUCUUGCUUUUCUUUUUAGUUUUCUGGACAUGCAUCUGAGAAUAUAAAAAAGAAUUCGCAUAUGAAGCAAAGAUUUUGCUUGAAUAUUAGUCUAAACGCAAAAAUGUCAUAUUCAUUCCUAACUUCUACAGUUGGCUUUUGAGAUCUUGCAUGUACAUAAGGGCCUGUGGAUGAUAGAGAUAAGUUAAAGCAAUUCUUAUCAGCUGUAAAAUAUGUAACAGGCAAACACUUUCCCAGAAUGGUGAAUGUUUUGAAACCUGUGAAUAUUAUCACAUGGUUAAGUUUGUAAAUGCCUUAGCCAUUUGUGUAGACUCUGUAAAAUAUUGUACCCAGACCAAAAAUAAACCUGUUUCUUAUUAUUUUACAAU